AUGGUACAAGUCACAGCAUUGUGUAAUGAAAUAGAACGUGUAAGCAUUCUUAGAGAAUGCGGGAAACUGAAGAUCAAGAUAAAUGAGCAAAGAAUCGAAACAUUGAAGUCUUCAGCAGUAUGCUUUUCAGAUCUCAUUAAAGAAAAAUGCAUUUUGAAUAAACAGAUAUCAUCUGUUGAAACAGAUCUAUAUAUCAAGUGCAAGGAUUCAAUCAACAUACUCAAAAAAUUUAUAGACACAGGAAUUCUUGAAUUUCAAGAAGAUGAAGAUCAUUAUCAUGAUAUAUUUGAAUUCGGGAAAUAUUUUCGUAACCAAUUCUUGAUACAACUGUAUAUAAAACAUAUCAAAUCAGAUAGUUCCAUUACCAAUGAAAACGUGUUUCCGAAGUAUGAAAUUUCUAUUUUUGAAAACGAUUUAACAACACAAAAUCAAUGCCUUGAAUAUAUUUCAUCACACUUAUAUUGCUUGAAUGAUGCUCAUAUUAUCGAGUAUACAGUUCAAUUUGGAUAUGACUUCUUCGAAAAAAUUUUAACUUCUAAAUCUCUAAAAAUUGAAAAAGAGGAUAAAUUAUGCAUGUUACUCCUCGAAAUUUGUAAACAGGACAAUAAAUUCUUUGAUUUAUUUAGAUACAUUUCAUUAGAAUAUUGCACUUCUCAUACAUUUGAAGAAAUUUAUAUUUUUUCAGUUGAAAACUCAUUCGAACCAAUUCUUUUAAAGAUUUACUAUGAUAUACUGAAACACUCGAACAAAAUUAGAAAACUUGAAAUAUCAGACAGUUCUAAUUCAUUAUUUGAAAAAUAUUUACAGAAAAAUCAGUUUGAAAUAUCAAUUAAUGAUGCUCAUGAAUUUGUCCUCAUUUCCGAAAGAAUUAAUGCAGAAUUUUCUUCGUCAUCUGUGAAAUUUGGAAAAAUAACAGAUAUUAAUACUUAUUCAAUUCAUAAUGAUUUCACGACACGUUGUGACUCAGCUAAUCAAUGGGUUCGUGUUGAUCUCAAAGGUUAUAAAUUAAAACCAAGUUCUUAUAUUUUACUUUCAGCAUUCACUUCGUCCUAUCUUUUGAGAUUUUGGAGGCUAGAAGGUAUAAAGGAAAAUGGCUCAACUGUUAUUUUGGAUAAUAAAAAUUAUUCAUUUCAGCAUAAUGAAACUAAAGAAUUUCCACUCCAAACAAGCGACUAUUUUGUUGCUUUCAAGCUAAUUCAGACAGGAAAAAAUCAACACAAUAAAGACGAUGAUAAUGAAUUAAGUAUCCAAGUUUUUGAUUUCAAAGGCGAAUUAAUUAAAAUUUAA